AGAAGGCAGUGUCUCCAGGGAAGGAGCACUCCAAGCUGGUCCUCUGACUGGAUAAUGCUGUCCUGGAAUGUGGUGAGAGUAAGGGAGGGUGGGGGAGCUGCUCUCUGGCCCGUGAUAAAGCUGUCCCUGUCAACAUGGGGUGCUAGAAACAAUUGGAUGAGUGGCUUUCCCUUUUUGAGCCUCAGUUUCUCUUUCCUGCGGAACAGAUGUGUGAGGCUUCCCACAGUUCACCUAGCCUGGAUGUCUAGGAGUUUCCAGGCCCAAGUUCCAGCUGCAGAGUUGCCCUCUCUCUGGGAAAUUGCGUCCCCCUCAGUAGACUAUCCCUUUAAGGUUGGGCGGGGCCUGCUGGACACUGGCCAGUGAGGAAGCACUGAAGCGGGCCACUAGAGUCCUUGAGGUAGUUAGUGGCUAUUCAAGAACUAGGAGACCGUGGGUGGGUGGCUUCCCGGUGGGAUCCCCAGCUGCUGGGGGGGGGGUGACAAAGAGGGGAGGAACAACCUCACUGAGCCCUGGGCUCAACCUUACUGUGGACGAAAGCAGGGACCUCAAGGAGCCGUGAAGUGCCAAGGGUGCAGCUGUGGAAAGCUGCCAGAACCUCUCUAGAUGGUCGCAUCUGCAGAGCUCAGCCACCAGGCCUUCUAGUGUGCUGGGCUCUCCCCUAGUCCAGACUGAUGGCUGCAUGCCAGACAUGCGCCAGAGGCCGGGCGGCCUCCACUGUGCGUUACUGCAUGACGGUUGGUGGCACAGUGGUCCUGGUGGUUGGGAUACUCUGUUUCGUAUCGUGGAGUGAAGGCAAUGUUGCCGUCCAGCCUGGCUCGCUGCCCGCCACCGUGAAGCAGCCAUCGCCCGAGAUGCCCCCGACUUGGCUUAAGUCUGUCAUCAUCCUCUGCUGCAGCGUGGGUGGUCUGCUUCUGUUCUUUGGCCUGCUUUGGUCUAUCCAGGAAAGGACAAAGAAGUCAAGCCAGGGGGACUUCUACCGACUCUCCAGAGACCUGUAUCACCUUGCUGUGGAGUGCCCUGUGAAGGAGCCCUACAGGCCUCCUAAGGAGGCUGUCAUUCCCACUUAUGAGGAGACCAUGUACUACCCACUGGCUGAGGGUCUCCUGCAAUUCCCUGUGCAGCCUGAAGAAGACCUCCAGUGCCACGCCCCAGGGGAUGCCCGGCUGGGGUCAGCAUCCUUCUCACGCCCACCCAGCUACGAGAGCAUCCUCCUCACUCAGGGGCCUGUUUCUGGAUUGAGUGCUGCAGGCUCCAGCCCUGUUUGAGCUCAGGCUGCAGGAGAGUUACAGGUCUCCAGCAAGGCUGUGAAACUGGCCCCUAACCAGCAAGCUUUGCUCGAGGCCUCCACCAGGACUGGGUUCACAGCAGGCAUUCAACAAGAGGUCUAUUGCUGGGGGCUGUUUAUGCAUCCGUUGCUGUGUGAGCAUGAGUUGGCUUUAAAUAACCCCACUUUAUUACGUCUCACAUUUUGUGCAUGGCUGGUUCCUAUGGUUGUCCCCAUGAGGUACUGGGGGGCCAUGAGGUACUGGGGGCAUCAUUCAGGUCCCAACUGGAACAGGACCUCUAAGCUGGUGUGCUGGGAUCAGCAGCUGACAUCUGGGAGAGCACGUGUGGCGAACACAGGACGAGAACACAGGGCAGAUGUGGUCCAAGAUUACACAGACUCUGAUCUCAGUCCCUUGAGCCUAGGCCCCAUCCUGUACCGCUUCAGUUUCCUCAUUCAUAAGCUGGAAUAGGCACUUUAAAAAUAGAUUUAUUUAUUUAAAGCAUGUGAGUACACUGUCCAACACUCAGACAUGCCAGAAGAGGGCAUGGGAUCCCAUUACAGAUGGUUGUGAGCCACCAUACAGUUGCUGGAAAUUGAACCCAGGAGCUCAGGAAGAGUCAGUACCCUUAACCACUGAGCCAUCUCUCACCCCUCCCCCCAUCCCCCCAGGAUAGGCACUUAUAGCAAUGCCUGCCCCUGCCUUAGAGAGCAGAGUGGGAGGAGCCAUGGGAUGACAGAGAGCAGAGUGGGAGGAGCCAUGGGAUGACAGCAGUGGGUGCCAAGCAGCUGAAUGCAGGGGCACAGCCCUGGGCUAGAGGCUGCAAGUCUCAGAGUUGGUGGAGGGAAGUCUCCCCUACCAGAUGCCUGCCUGCCCAGCAU